CGACCCAGUGACUCUUAAAAUCACGACGACCAGUUGGCAGGCCCUCCUUGGGCCAUCUUGUGUGCAUAGGAAGGCCAAUCUGCGCACUGCGAGGCAGCAUUUCUCCUACUACUGAACACCGCCGCCUCGAUUGCCAUCAAACAAUCCCCCAUGGUCAACGCUAUUGAACAGCGACACACAAAACACGAUGCCCAGCGCACAGCAUCCGCAAGCGAAGUUUGACCCGAUACCCCCAGAUCUUGAUCUACACUCAUUGGUAGAUCACACACCGAAUUUCCGAUGGGCUCAGCGAGUAUCUCGAUCGCAAAUCCGCAGUCUCGGCCAGCAAGACUUCGAAAAGCUCGUUGCGAUACAUGUCAUAGCUGGCGGCAAGCCUCUUGUUAUAGAAGGAUGGGAUGCUGCUUUACCGUCCUCGCUGUUUAGUGCGGGAUGGCUUGAGAAUGCCUAUGAUAAAAAGCAGGAGAACGUUCGUGACAUUUCCAACGCCACUGAUAUCCCUAUGACCACUGGACACUAUCUACGGUCUAUGAAACAGCUCACCAAUCAGUGGACCCCGAAUACGUAUCGCGAUGAGCGUCGACAGCGGCUCUAUCUCAAAGAUAUUGACUGUCCCGUAGAAUGGCGCGAUAUGCUGCAAAAGAUCAUACAUCCCAAUCUCUUUUAUCUCAACGAAAAUGUUACCGGCAAAGGAGGCAAACGGAUGCACGACGAGGAAAUAUUCGAGAGUGAAACUACCGCAGCCCCAGCCGGAGAUCUCAUGUCUAGUUUGCCAGAGGAAAUGCGAGCCCAAAAUCUCAUGUGCUAUAUAGGUCAUGAAGGGACCUACACACCAGCUCACCGGGAGAUGUGCGCAUCGCUGGGGCAGAACAUCAUGGUUGAGGCGUCACGAGAUGAAAAUGGAGAGAAAAGGGGGAGCUCAAUUUGGUUCAUGACUGAGAGCAAAGACCGCGAGGUGGUUCGAGAAUACUUCUUGUCGAUGCUUGGUCAUGAUAUUGAGAUUGAGAAGCAUUUUGCACAAAUCAAUGCUUGGAAGAAGGCCCCCUUUGAUGUGUACAUUGUGGAACAAUGUGUGGGCGAUUUUAUCCUUAUACCACCUCUCGCGGCGCACCAAGUUUGGAACAGAGGAACCAGGACGAUGAAGGUCGCUUGGAACCGCACGACGGUGGAGACAUUGGACCUUGCACUCCACGAAGCGCUUCCCAAAGCUCGCUUAGUGUGUCGAGAUGAACAGUAUAAAAACAAGGCCAUAAUUUACUACACGCUCCAGAAAUACCAUGCAGAACUUCAGAGUAUUGAGAAGAAGGCGGAGAUGGUGCAGAUAGGCUUUAUGGACUUUGGGCGAGAUGUCUUCAGAAGCUCUCCACGGGUGAAGCAGCUGGCGGCCGACUUCAAGAAACUAUUUCAGCUGUUUACAGAAAUUCUCGUCGACGAAGUCUUUGCGUUCAAAGAGAAAGACGUCGAAUAUCUGCCCUUUGACUCUUGUGUUACUUGCUCCUACUGCAGAUCCAACAUUUUCAAUCGGUUUCUUACCUGCAAACACUGCAUUAGACCCCUGCUCGAUGGAGAAGAAGAUGCAUAUGACGUAUGCAUGGAAUGUUACGCAAUGGGCCGAUCAUGCGCCUGCCUCUCCGGCCUUCAGUGGUGUGAGCAGUGGUCAUGGUCAGAAUUGACUGAUAGCUAUGAAUCCUGGAAAGCAACUGUUAUCGCCAUUGAUGGCCACGUUGAUUUGGAGUCCUCUCCUCACCCGCUCGAGGUAGCUAGACAGAGGGCAGGAAAGAAAUCACUUGCUCAGAUCUGCCAAGAGGCCCUACGGCGACGUCCUUGGAAAGAUAUUACUAAACCGGAGCGCGAAAAGACGCCGAGUGACUCUGAGCAGGGGGAUGGCGACGAUAAGCCAAAUAAGAAAUCAAGGAGAAAGAAAAAGAAAGGAGAAGUUCACCGAUGCCAUGUCUGCUGUCAUCCAGAUUACAGCUAUCGAGUACAUUUAUGCACGAACCCCGGCUGCUCCGAAGCCUAUUGCUACGGCGUUUUAUACCGGGCGUUCGAUCUCAUGCCACAAGCUGUUUUGGAAGACGAACAUUGGCAAUGCCCCAAGUGCCUCGGAAUAUGUAACUGUGGUCACUGCCGCCGUGCAGGCACCACACAGCCGUACAUGCCAAAGAACACAUCUCUUGGACACGAUACUCGCCGGAUCGCUGAUGACCGCAGUGUAGAGGCACUAGUUGAUUUUCGAAUUCAUAACCUGUCCUGGCUGAAAGCCGCAGGAGAAGAAAGUCGUAGUAAAGACAGCAAGAGAAUGCAGUUGCUGCGGGAGCAGGCAGACAAUGCCAAAGCACAAGAUGCACUGACACACGCUCAAGCAGAGCCUGGGAUGCAAUCCAGUGCUGUUUUGAGUACACAGCUGGCAGAAUCUUCUGCAAUCAAUGGUUACGGAGACCAAAGUCAAGUACUUGGUCGAGACGGAGGAAAUUCGACUGAUCACUCGUUUGAUGUGCCCCAUAACCACACCAACAACGGCGACAACGUGCCGCAAGAUGUUGCCGCCCCUCUCCCAGCCAAUGUUAGAGAGCGAGAGACUGUGGAUUCUUCCCAGUAUCCUGAUCCAUCAGUAUUCGCACGCCAGCGUAUAGGAAUGGGUUACUACGAACAGGACGAUACUCCGGAUAAAAUUCUCUUCGAUCCAUACCAAGCGCCUUCCGUGGAUUCAAUGCAAGCUGAGGAACCAACUGUUCCAGAAUUUGUAAAGAAAACCAUACGGGCGGCCAAGAGAAAGGCGAAACGGGAGAAUGAAGAUCCCGAUUUUAUAAUUCCUAAAAGUCACCAGAAAAGACCAAAACUCAUAGCAGAGUCAUCCGAUUUCCUUGACAACAUGGAUCCAGCUCUUUUCACAGACGGGGGCUCGGCAGCAACACUCAAUCAAGCAGCUGCUACUGCUCUCUUGGACACACAUGUCUCUGCCAACUCAUCGGCGGCUCAUCGGGAAGAAUCGGAUCCCAAAGUCCCAGAGAUAUCUUUGCCUCGACCUGACAUGAAUGAACCAAUUCUUCGCCAUGCCAAGCCACGAUCAUCAUAUGUGGAGGUUGACGACCUGGAUAUAGAUGAAUUAGAUGAAACCGAGGCAGCUUCUGCGCCUUCUCCUAAGGCGGAGACGAUCGGGGAUGUGAUUCCAAAGCGACGUGGUCGCCCCCCGAGGAAUUUGCCAAAGAUGGCGUCACCAGUGAAUGCAGAGAACACGCCACCACCGCCACCUGAUGGUGGGAAGAAUAAAAGAAGAAGGGGUCGUCCGAAGAAGUCAUUGCCCGUGUCAUGGGAACGCGGAGACGAUGUGGCCAUCUCUCAUGACGAAACUCGGGAAUUGGAAUCUCUAGACGUACAAGAGGCGUCCAAUCAUGGCGAUGUUAGUGCUGUUGAGGAUUCUCAGCAACGACGGCGCCCCUCCAGGCCUUCAGGAGUUACAACAAUUGCUGCUCACAUUCAUCAAGAGGAUCAGCAUCUUAGCCCCCCUAAAGAAUUAUCGAUUGAAGAUGAAACAGGAGACCAGAUACCGAAGAAGAAGAGAGGUCGACCCCGAAAAUCCGACAUUUCUACUCGAAGUGGAUCCUCGCUGAAUGUGAUUUUGCCGGUCAAUUCUCGGUUUAUGUCUAUGGCUGAACGGAUGGCUCUUAAAGGGAGAUCCUUCAAGAUCGGCACACGAAAAUCACUGAGCGUCGCGAAGAUGGAUCAAACCACGGAGCACCUCACUGAGAAAGAGAUUUCCAAGAGAAGCUCUCGAAUACAUCACGCUUCUGAAGAACACGAAGGAGAGGGUAACGGUGACCGAAGGCGCACUGGCAGAAGCAUGAAGGGUAACAAGGUGAUGAUGCACUCCCAGUCCAGCAGCUCUAAGGAAUCAACAGACGACGAGGAUAUACCAUCGAAUGGGCGUGUAGCCAAAAGUAAUAGACGCUGAAGUGAGGAUCGACAAAGCAAAAUGAGAGGUUGCGGAGACGGUAAUACCAGGGCCAGCGAAUGUAAUGAAACUGUCAUAGAUGAUGCCCGGACGCAAAUGUAACAAACGUCUUGUAAAUGAAUAAAUGAAUAGACAUGC